CCAACUCUAUGCUGCAGUAAAAGCUCGUCAACUUUUACGUGAUGCUUCAAUUAAUGGUGUUAAAGAUAAAAUUGAUCAAAUACCAGCAGUAACAAGAGGAAUGAUUGGAGAAUUUAAUUUUGAAAAACUUCGAGAUGCAUUACAAGAGGGUGAGAUAACCUGUACAAUGGUAUUGCGAACAUAUCAAGAAAAGGCAAUAUUGUCUCAUGAGAAAACCAACUGCAUAACACGCUUUAUUGAAGAGGCAGACACAUGGGCAUCGGAACUGGACAAAAAAGCAUCGGAAUUGGGAUACAAAAAACCGCCCUUAUUUGGAAUUCCAUUUAGUAUCAAAGAAUGUAUUAAGGUUGCUGGAUAUGACCAAACGAAAGGUUACGCUUCUGAAAUCGGUAAUUGUGCCGAAGAGAAUUCAUUGCUGGUUGAACAAAUCAAAUAUCUCGGUGGAAUUCCUUUUGUGCUUACAAAUGUUCCACAGUGCUUGCUUACUUACUCGUGCAGUAAUCCAAUUUACGGUACAACGUGCUGCGUUACUGAUAAGAAUCGCACCAGUGGUGGCUCUAGUGGUGGUGAAGGAGCUCUUAUUGGUUCAGGUGGUUCAAUUAUUGGUAUUGGUAGUGAUGUUGGCGGGUCAAUUCGUUAUCCGUGCCAUUUCAAUGGAAUCACUGGAAUUAAACCAUCUCAUUUACGGCUUUCUUCGAGUUUUAUGGAUGGUUCAGUACCUGGACGUGUUCUUGUAGAUUGUUCACAGGGACCGAUGGCUGCUGAAGUUUCAACGUUAGUAUCAUUUUUGCGAGAAAUAUGGAAAGACGAUUGGAUUUCUCAAAGGGAUCCAUACGUACCUCCAGUGCCGUGGAAUGAACUUCAGUUUUCAAAAAAUCAUUUUAACAUUGGAUACUAUGAAACUGACGGAUGGUUUGAACCGACGCCAGCGUUAAGUCGUGCUGUACGAGAAUCUGUUGUACGGUUGAGAGGUUUAGGACACAAUGUUGAGCCUUUUAAACUUCCAGACAUGAAGAAACCUUUUCAGUUGUUUAUAGGGGCAGUAACCCUUGAUGGAGGUAACUACCUCACAUCGAAAAUUUCUGACGAUAUCGUUAUGGAUGAAUAUCAGUCUACACUCACAUUAUACAAGCUUCCUGUGUAUCUCAAGCGAUUCUUGGGUCUUCUCUUAUCGUAUUCAUAUCCAAGGAUUGCAGCAGUUCUUCAAUCGCUGCCAUGUGAUACGUCUGAUUUAAGAGAAAUUUAUGCUGAAAUUAUGGCUUUUCGAGAGCAGUUUGUCAAACUGAUGAAGAAUCAAAAAUUAGACGCUCUGAUCUGCCCAGUUCAGGUGAUGCCAGCUAUCGGUCAUGAAUAUCCAAUGAAGCUGUAUACUGCAACGUCGUAUUGCGGUAUUUAUAAUCUACUGGAUUUUGCUGCUGGAACUGUUCGUGUUACAAGCGUAACGACUGAAGAUGAAAGAAAUCUUGAAGAGUAUCCGGUGGUCGAUCCAUGGUAUCAAAUGGCUAAAGAAGCAACAGAGGGAGCCGUCGGACUUCCCGUUGGAGUGCAAGUGGUUGCACCGCCGUAUCAUGAAGAAACGGUACUAAAAAUCCUCCUUGAGCUAGAGCAAUCAGUUCAUGAAAAUCCUAUAAUAUAG